UGGCGCUUUCUAGAACGAACUCCAUCCUUCUCUGUUCUACGAGAACACAAACCAACUCUGUCAUUUCUAAAACGCAACAACGCUUUUCAAUUCAUUCUUCUCAGUUCUCAGUUCUCAGUUCUCACUCACUCACCCAAAAAUGGCAGCAUAUCCAUGGAAAACCUUCGACGAGAACGAAGAUCGCCCCUCCAAGCCUCGCCGCUUCGGCCUCACCGAGAUGCGAAGCCCCCAUUACUCUCUCUUCAGCCACAACGUUCUUCAGGAUAUAUUUGAAUCUAUGGGGGAAUAUGUAGAUGGGUUGAAAUUUUCAGGGGGGUCUCACAGUUUGAUUCCUAAGCCUUUCAUCAAACAGGUCAUAGACAUGGCUCAUCAGCAUGAUGUGUAUGUUAGUACAGGUGAUUGGGCUGAACACUUGAUUCGCAAAGCUCCUUCAGGUUUCAAUGACUAUGUUGAGGAAUGCAAGAAGUUGGGGUUUGACACAAUUGAGCUGAAUGCGGGUUCACUUGGAGUUCCUGAGGAAACCCUUUUGAGAUUUGUUCGCUUGGUUAAAAGUGGUGGCAUGAAAGCUAAGCCUCAUUUUGAAGUGAAGUUUAACAAGUCUGAUAUGCCUAAAGGUGGUGAUAGGGCUUAUGGGGCUUAUAUUCCCCCAGCACCUAGAUCAUCCGAACUAGUUGAAGAUGUGGAUCUCUUGAUCAGAAGGGCUGAGAGAUGUUUGGAAGCAGGUGCAGAUAUGAUACUGAUUGAUGCUGAUGAUGUCUGCAAACAAGCUGAUCAUAUGCGUGCGGAUAUUAUCGCGAAGAUCAUAGGGCGCCUUGGUAUUGAGAAGACUAUGUUUGAAGCAUCAAAUCAGAAAGCAUCUGAGUGGUUUAUCAAACAAUAUGGUCCAAAGGUGAACCUUUUCAUUGAUCACUCGCACUUGGUGGAUGUGGAGUGCCUCAGGGGACGCAACUUAGGCCGAAACAAUGCUUCGGUCCUCGGUUCUUCAUAUUACCUGCUCUGAAGUGAUCGGAUUUUGUAGAGCACCCUGUGGGAUUGGCUUGUUCAUGUGAAAGUCUUGUGCUGUGUAUGACAGUGUGUGUUACUUUUUCCUUCAAUGGGAAAUAGAGAACAUUUAAAUGGGGAGAUUGUAAUAACUAAUAAGUCAAUGUAAUAUGAUUUAGUCGCUUUGGUAAA